GGGGCGGGAAGCCGGGUUAGGCCCCGUCGGGCCACGGCGGGGUCUGGGAAGGGCGGGCGACGCGGACUCUUCCCACCCUCGGCGUGGCCUUAGCACCCGCGGGCGGCGGCGGCGCGCUCUCCCGGCCAUGUCUGAGCCUCAGCCCUCGUUCCUCGGUCGGCUGUGGGGGCCCUGGCUGGGUCCUCGGACCCCGCCUCUGCGGGGACUCGCCGCCGCCUCCCCUUCCAAGAGUUUUCUUGGCGGCUUUUUUGGUCCCAUUUGUGAGAUUGAUGUUGUCCUUAAUGAUGGGGAAACCAGGAAAAUGGCGGAAAUGAAAACUGAAGAUGGCAAAGUAGAAAAACACUAUCUUUUCUAUGAUGGGGAAUCUGUUUCAGGAAAGGUAAACCUAGCCUUUAAGCAACCUGGAAAGAGGCUAGAACACCAAGGAAUUAGAAUUGAAUUUGUAGGUCAAAUUGAACUUUUCAAUGACAAGAGUAAUACUCACGAAUUUGUAAACCUAGUGAAAGAACUAGCCUUACCUGGAGAAUUGACCCAGAGCAGAAGUUAUGAUUUUGAAUUUAUGCAAGUUGAAAAGCCAUAUGAAUCUUACAUCGGUGCCAAUGUCCGCUUGAGGUAUUUUCUUAAAGUGACAAUAGUAAGAAGACUGACAGACUUGGUAAAAGAAUAUGAUCUUAUUGUUCACCAGCUUGCUACCUACCCUGAUGUUAACAACUCUAUUAAGAUGGAAGUGGGCAUUGAAGAUUGUUUACACAUAGAAUUUGAAUAUAAUAAAUCAAAGUAUCAUUUAAAGGAUGUGAUUGUUGGAAAAAUUUACUUCUUAUUAGUAAGAAUAAAAAUCCAACACAUGGAGUUACAACUGAUCAAAAAAGAGAUCACAGGAAUUGGACCCAGUACCACAACAGAAACAGAAACAAUUGCUAAAUAUGAAAUAAUGGAUGGUGCACCAGUCAAAGGUGAAUCAAUUCCAAUAAGACUAUUUUUAGCGGGAUAUGACCCAACUCCAACAAUGAGAGAUGUGAACAAAAAAUUUUCAGUAAGGUACUUUUUGAAUCUGGUCCUUGUUGAUGAGGAAGACAGAAGGUACUUCAAGCAGCAGGAGAUCAUUUUAUGGAGAAAAGCUCCUGAAAAACUGAGGAAACAGAGAACAAACUUUCACCAGCGAUUUGAAUCACCAGAAUCACAGGCCUCUCCUGAACAGCCUGAAAUGUGAACUGAAUAGGAGAAAAAAAUAAAAAUAAAAACUCUUAGAACUGUUGAGAUUAAGUUUGGCUGAUUAAAGAUGGUUGCAGCAUGAAGCAGGGGGAAGGCCAAAAGUCCAUGUAUAAUAGUCUUCCUUUAUCUUACAGUGCUGCAUUUAUUUUAUGAUAUAACUAAAUAUUCUUACAUGUACUACAUUUAAAAAAGUGCUUUCUUUGAAACACUGGAACUUUCUUAAGCUGCCGUUUUGUUUUUUUACUGCACACUUUGAUGAUAAGCACUCAUAUAUGCAUCAGUAUAAACAUUAAAGAUUUUCAUGAGUAGG